AGCGAAUUCACUGCAACUUCAGAGCCUCCGACCGCUUACGCGACUUGGGAAGAAUCCGCUACGGCGAGAGUACUUUUAAAGAACAGGAUCCGAUUAUCAGUCACUCCGAACACUGCGCGGUCAGACCGAGUCUGCGCGUUGAUGUCCGAGGCGCGAAGAAGCAUCGCACAGCUAUCUGUUCAAGGCUGACAACGACAUAGAGCCAUGGGUAGAAUCCUGACGAAAUGCUUCCUAUCGAUGGUCCUCUCCGGUCUCACGGCUCUUGUCAUGUCACUUGGAAGAUUCAGCCGCAAACAGAUUUUGAUUUUUGCGACCGGAGUUUCUAUAUUGAGUUUUCUGAGUACACGAGUUUGCUGCUCCAUGUAUCUUAUGGUGCCCUCCAUAGUCACCAAAUCGGGGCGCGUCAUAUUAGCGGUGUACGCUCUGGAGCAAGUGUUGACUGGUCCAAUAACCGAUUUCCUCUUGAACUUGGAUAUCUUCCUGCGAACGUGCAUAUGUUUCAUAAAGCUUUUCCUGAAAUACACUAUCGACUCCUACAAACUGUGCUUCGAUCCGGCAUUCAAAGUUUUCUCGGAUAUAAUGAGUAAAGACCGGCAUGAUGUGUUCAAUUACACCGAGUCGGACAUGUCGUGGGUCUUUGACGUGACCAGCUCUGAGCCUUUGACCCAAGACCUCGGGUUUAAUUUUCUGAGUUUGAAUAUAAGCGUAACCCAGCUGGACUAUCUUCGCAUCACCUACCGCGAAUACCAGAACUGGGUGAACAAGCUGCGCACAACCAAAGACUUGGGCGGUGCUGAAGGCGAUCUCCGGGUCCGCUGCGAGAUACUGCUGUUCCUGGCCCAUCUCCGUUGCGUAGAAAAAGUUCACGACUCUUGGCCGCUCUGUGAUUGGGGCCCGGGUGUGUGGUUCGCGCGGAACAAUUCUUUCGAUAUCGCUGGAGUGAACACCGAGAGAUCCACUCUGGAUGACGCUUACAAUGAAGCUUCGAACUACCUCAGAACAUAUAGGGCACGUACUGCUCUUCUCGGUAACAUCUUAGAAAUAGCUCUCUUGCUGAUAACGCCCUGUUGUUUCGUCGUCAUUUAUGGCUUCCUUCAUAAAUACCAACAUUAUCCCAGCUUCCACAACUGCUACGUUUACGGAGAUUUUGGAAAAUUCAGCGAGCAAUCGGGUCUCAGGCUGGAUGAGAAGGACUUGAAACGUGUCGCAACCUUCUGGACACCGAAACCGCUGGAUAAUGAGUGGCAUGGCAUUGAGCGUCUUGUUUUCUCGAAGGUUUGGCUGACUGUGGUCCUCGGCAUAUGUGCGCUCAGCGUCAACCAUUUGAUGGCGAACGUCUUGAAAGUAAUGAAAGAAGAGAGUCGACUGUCUGGCGUGUAUAACACGGAGCAAAAUCUGAGCGUUCAAGUCGUAGGGAUCGGUAUCGUAGCCAAGUUCAUGAGAUCAUUCCUGGGAUACCUUGUGAGUUCGAGUCGGGUCUCGAGCAAUGUGGACACGGCUGUCUGUCUCGUCUCGGGACACGACUCUGGGAAAACUGGCCUGAUUCUGGGAAUCUAUGUCUUCAUGGUCUUCACUUGUGUCGCAGAAGUAUAUGCGUUCCGCCUCAGGUUCCUUCUCUGCCGCUAUUUCUACCCCGAAGCGCACCGACGUAGGAUGCUCUAUCUCUGCCACGCUAUUUUGCUGUGGCGAUCUCAACGUGCUGCUAUCGCGGUUGAAAUGACGCGCGCGAGCCCAAUUGAAUGA